GGCAUAUUUCUCUUACUUGCUCCAUUGAAGUUACUCCUUGGCGUCCCAUUAGAAGACUGGAGUUAAACUGCCAGUGUGUGGAACUAUUCAUAUAAAACAAAGUGUAGGUGAAAUAAGAGCAUCUGAGUUUUGUUUGAAAGCCCUUGGCGUGUGAGGAGGCCUCGAGAUGUUCAGAUUUACAGUCUGUGACGUGUGCAGGAAACAGGGGCGACUUGCCGUAACUAGGGAUGGGCAAUCAUUCAGUAUUACCAUUUAUCAUUAUGCAACAGUGUUGUCCGGAUGACAUUCAGACGCUUGUCAUAUCACGACACGCAACUGAAAUAAGGAGAAUCAAUUCCCAGACUCAACCACAAAGUGACGUCUGACGUUAUUUGCCGAGCUCCAACCACCUCUGCUGGGAUCUGAUUGGGGAUUAUUCAGUUUAUGCAUGAUGGAGGAUAGCAACCUGCCCCACCCUUAGCUCAGUUAUGGCCUUUGUUUUACUUGCAUGUGGAGGAGACUCAGACCAAUCCAGAGCCCAUGUUGGUCAUUAUGGCAUCGCUGGAUGGAAGCACGCCGGUUGAGACCUUCCUGGCAGUGAUCCACCUAGAGAAGUACGUGGAUACCUUCAGCCGUGCCGGUCUCCUAUUGGCUAGAGACUUCACCCACCUGGAUCAUGACGCCUUGGUCAGCCUUGGUAUAACUGCUACAGGUCACAGGAAAAGAAUAUUGCGAUUGGUCAGCCACAUUCAAAGGACCAAUGAAAAAACGGCAAAAGACAGUCAAAGAGCCAAUAAAAAUCCAAGAGCUGACCGCUUAUUGGAUCGUUGUCAGUCUGUGUCAGAUAGUCACUCAUCAAAUCCAAGAGAAACUAAAAACUUGUCCAAUCAGACGGUAACUCCCAUUAACUUUCAGCCGUUCCGAAAUCGAUCUGCUCCGAAUCUUGCCGCCAUGCUGACAAAUUCAACACUGACUGAAGGCAAGAGCAACAGUGUGGUAAAAGCGGUCGUGAAGCCAGUUCCCAAACCCAGAACUGUCUUCAACAGACGCAGGACGGCCCCGGUCCAUUUCACGCCGGACCCCCUGCCUCAGCCUCCCAGGAGGCUCUCCCAGGAUUCCCUCUGUUUUACUAUUUUAGAGAGCCUGAACUCAAGGGAGGCUCCUGCAGCUAAUGAUUUGGCCUCCUCCCCUACCGAUGGGGUGACCUCCACCCUCCACCACAGACAGUUCCAAAGCCGGGUAGAGAGACAGCUGAGUCAUAAUUCCACAGUGUCAGACUCGGGUGGUGGGUUUCCCCCUGUACCCCCAAGACUGAACCAUGGGUCCCCCCCAGCCAUCUUCCAGAGGUCCCCACCUUCUUCCUCACCUGGAGGGAUGGAUCAGAGCCAUGCUUCUUCUCCUUCAUCAUCCCCCUCUUCUCCCUUCUCUAGCUUGGACAACACCAGGUUCUCUGGAUCCUCCCCUUCCUGUUCACCCAGGAGUCACAGCAUGGAGAUGGUCUCCAAUGAAAUCUACUGUGGCACUUUACCUGGCUCUUCUGCCUCUAGUGGAGGGAGGACUCACUGCAACUUGCAGACAGUCCCCCUGCCCCCACCAAGACAAGUACUGGACAGGACCCCCGAGAGAAACAGUGGCAGCACUUUAAGUGACCCCUCUUCAGGUUCAACCAGAGUGUCUACUGAUGAUCCUGAGGAGGAAAUCAGCCCUUACUGUGAAACCGUCUUCCAGACCAGAUGGCAGCCUCAGCCAUGUCAGAAUGACAGGGGUAAGGAUGAAGGACGCGUGAAGCAGAGGGAAGAGGAGAAGCAUGCAGAUGGUCAUGGGUUACAUAAGCUGUCUUGGGCCAAGCGGUUGUCCCAAGCUCUUCACAGCAGCGACUCUCAAGGAUACAGCACUGUGGGCGAGCCCGCCCCACCACCACGCUACCUCUCCCUGCCCCCCCACCUCUACCCCUCCGACGUGGACGAGGAUCUGACCAUAUCCCCCUACGCCAGCUACACUUCCCUGUCCGAGCGUGCGCCGCCCAUCAUCUUUGGCUGGCUGGACAAGCUGUCUCCUCAGGGCAACUACGUUUUCCAGAAGCGCUAUGUGAAGUUCGACGGAAAAAACCUGAUGUACUUCGGCAGUGAAAAGGAUGCCUACCCAAAAGGAGUGAUCCCGUUGGCUGCUAUACAGAUGGCCAGACCAGCCAAAGAUAAUAAAUUUGAGAUAGUGACAAAUCACAGGAUCUUUGUUUUCCGGGCUGAUAACGAAGUCCUGAGGCAUCGCUGGGUCAGCACGCUGCAGGAACGGGUCAAAGAGCAGCUGGUGUUUGGCCGACCUCGAUUCGGACCCGGGACCCACUGCCAGAAACACGGCCACCUGGAGCUGAAAGGAACCAAGUCCAAGGUCUACGCAGCCAUCAACACAGAACAGAUCUGGCUGUACAAGGGUGAACAGUGUUUUCGGAACGGGAUAGGAAUCACUGUGAUCGAGGCCAGAGGCGCCACCAUCAGAGAUGGCAAACACAAAAGCUUUGACCUCAUCACACCAUACAAAACAUUCAGCUUCACGGCAGAGUCAGAACGGGAGAAGCGGGACUGGAUGGAGGCGCUGCAGGAGUCGAUCGCGGAGACGUUGUCUGAUUACGAGGUGGCAGAGAAAAUCUGGUCCAACCGCUCCAACAAGAUCUGUGCCGACUGCAAGGCCAUCAACCCCGACUGGGCCUCCAUCAACCUGUGUGUCGUCAUCUGCAAGAACUGUGCAGGGCAGCACAGAGGACUGGGGACAAUGGUAUCCAAAGUGCAGAGCCUGAAACUGGACACCAGUGUUUGGAGCAACGAGAUUGUCCAGGAAUUUGAACCGCCAGACCCUCUGGUCACGUACACACCCCUUGUUUGUUUUCUGCCCAUCCAGCUCUUCAUCAUGCUAGGAAACGACCGGGCCAAUGACUUCUGGGCGGCCAGGCUGUCGGUCUCCGAGGAGCUGGACUGCGAUGCCAUGCCCGAGCAGAGACGAGAAUUCAUCACCCAGAAAUACAAAGAGGGGCGCUACCGCAACCCCCACCCCAGCUUCAGAUCGCAGGAGGAGCUGCUGAAGGUGUUGUGUACAGCUGUGACUGAACAGAAUUUGUUGAAGACAGUCACUCAGAUAUUUGCGGAGGCUGAGGCGUGUCGCCUCGCUGACUCCAACGGUUAUGAGAAGCGGAGCUCCUUGGGUUUCUGCUCGCAGAGUAACUCAGAUCCCAGCGUGUAUGAUGAGAUCAUGCAGCCUGUCCUUCACUCCGGCUACCUCUACAAGUCUGGCUCCCUGAACAAAGGCACUUUAUCUCGGAAAACUCGAGAAGAUUUCCAGAAGUACUGGUGUACGGUGGACAAAUCUCUCUUAUUUUAUGAGUCUGACCACUGCCCCGAGCCGUGCAUGCAGAUCGGCGUUAAAGACAUCUUGUGUCUUGGGGUCAGCAGGCCGGACACCAGCAACAGCAACAACGGAUUUAUUGACAGAUUUCGCUACACAUUUGAGCUGUACUUGACAUCAGACAAACUUUACCAGUUCGGUCUGGAGACCCCUGAAGCCCUGCACAGCUGGACCAAGGCCAUAGGAAAGGCUGCCACACCACUGAGCUGCCACUGUCUGCUGACCAGAGAGUUUGAGCGGGUGGGGGUGCUCCGGUACAAGGCCAUGCUGGACCCGCAACAGUGGAAGGAAGCCUACUUCGUCCUGCAGAAAUCCAAUCUGUUCAUCUGCCCCGGGAGUGACGGAGCGGCUGAGGACAUCAUCAACCUCAACCGCCUGCAGGAGCUCAGUACAGCGUCAGAGAACGACAACCAUGAGAAGAAGGACAUCCUGGUUUUGGUUGAAAAGGGAAGGACGCUCCAUCUGCAGGGUAUGGGUCGCACCGACUUCUCCCUGUGGUUCUCGGACAUCCAGAGGGCAGCCGGAGGGAAAGGCAACACGCUGAGAGACCAGCAGCUCAGCAGGAAUGAUAUCCCCAUUAUAGUGGACAGCUGCAUCGCCUUCAUCACGCAGUAUGGUUUGGGCCACGAGGGGAUUUACAGGAAGAAUGGAGCCAAGUCCAGGAUCAAGCUUCUGAUGGAGGAGUUCCGCAAGGAUGCACGCAACGUCAAGCUGCGGAUCGGAGACAACUUCAUCGAGGACGUGACCGAUGUGCUGAAGCGGUUCUUCAGGGAGAUAGACGACCCCAUCUUCAUGGGUGACCUACACCCGCUGUGGAGGGAGGCUGCUAAAUUCCCCCAGAAGAAGCAGCGUCUAGACAGGUAUAAGGAGAUCAUCCGCAGCCUGCCCAGAGUCAACAGAACCACACUGGCUGCCCUCAUCAGCCAUCUGUACCGGGUCCAGAAAUGUGCUGACCUGAACCAGAUGUGCACCAAGAACCUGUCCCUGCUGUUCGCCCCCAGCCUCUUCCAGACGGACGGUAAAGGAGAACACGAGGUGAAAAUAGUGGAGGAUCUGAUAGACAACUACCUGUAUGUGUUUGAUAUUGAUGAGGAGCAUCAGACACAGAUUGAUUUGGAAAUCAGCCUCAUCACAACGUGGAAGGACACUCAGCUGUCCCAGGCUGGGGACCUCAUCAUUGAAGUCUACUUGGAAAUGAAGAUACCUGAUUGCUGCAUUACACUCAAAGUGUCUCCUACGAUGUGUGCAGAGGAGCUGACCAACCAGGUGCUGUACAUGCGCAACAUCCCAGCAGGAGACAAAGAUGUGUGGAUGACAUUUGAGGCCAUUGAGGACGGACAGCUGGAGCGGCCGUUGCACCCCAAAGAGAAGGUUCUAGAGCAAGCAUUACAGUGGUGCAAAAUGGCCGACCCAAGCUCCGCCUAUUUGGUGGUGAAGAAAGUGCCCAAAGGAGAGGGCAUCAACAUCCUUACAUCCUACAAGAGUGAGAUCAUGAAGAUCGGUCUGCUGCGGUGUCGGGAGGAGCCGCCCAAACUCCUGCAGGGGAACAAAUUCCAGGAGAGAAGUUUCCAGAUAAAAGACCACAAACUGCUGCUGCUCAAAGACAAGAAGAGCAUCAAACCUGAGAAGGAAUGGGCUCUCAAGAGCAUGAAGGUGUACAUCGGGAUCCGCCAGAAGCUGAAAGCACCCACGAGGUGGGGUUUCACAGUGAUGUCAGACAAACACCAACUCUUCCUGUGUUGUGCGUCUGAGGCUGACCUCUGGGACUGGAUCACUUGUUUCCUAAAAGCACAGAAUGACAACCCUUGCCCCCCUGUGUUGAGACGUCACUCUUCGGCUGAUAUCUCCAAGCAGAAGUUUGGCACCAUGCCGCUGGUGCCCAUCAGAGGAAACGAGAGCAACUCCACCAUGCUGUCUGCCAACAAAACCCUGAGGAAGCUGCACGACAGAAGGACGCUGUCCAUGUUCUUUCCCAUGAAGGUGCAGCAGGACUCGUUCGAGGAGCGCUCGGAGUCUCCGGACUCCGCUGACCUUCCGGAGCCACUCUACGAGGAGGUGGGAGACUUCGGCCUCCAGGUCCUCAAAUCCCUGGAGACCAGCUUCCUGUCCAGCGGGACCGCGGAGACCCGGGAGGUCAUGGCCUGUCCGCUGAGAACCUCCUCCCUGGACCGCGCCAUCGGACCCAACCCAGUCCGCACCAUCGGUACCGGCGGAUCCCUGGACACUUUGGUCCAGAGCGGAAGCAGCAGCGGUGGUGAUGGUGAGCCGGAGUCCGGCUCCCCCGACACCUCGCCGCUGCGGCCGCAGUUGCAAACAUUAUCCAGGAGGGGGCAGCAUCCGGGUGUGUGCACACCAUCUCAGGAGCUGCUGCUGCAGGAGCUGUCAUCUGUGUUCACCAAAAAACCUGAAAAGGAGAUGCAGGUGGAGGAGGAGGAGGAGGAAGUGGAGGAGGAGAGGCCAUACGACGUCUGAUGAAAAGACAGAAACAGUUAUGUUUUCAUCGGGGUCACUUGAUGUAAGUAAGUGGGUUGUGAUGGACAAAGACACGUGUUGUCUCUUGGAGGAUUUUUUUCCCAAAGCUUGUUAAAGCAGCACCUGUGUUUACAUGGGGCCCUUACAUGGACCAGUCGUUGUCUGUCCAUGAAGUUACGCAGAAGAGCAGGAGAGCUGAAGCUAAUGUGAUGUCCGGGAGUGGGACAGGGUUGACCGUGAUGGACUGUAAAGCUCUGUGACAUUUUGAAAAUCAAAAACAAAAAGACCCGGACGUCUUUGAUCGUUGCUGGGAAGCUGCAGGAUGUCCUGUGUAUUCAUUCUGUCCCCAGUCUGACGGAGACGAGACGACUUCUUGGGACGUCGUGCUGUGGUGGAAUAAAACUCAAGACUAUUGCGCACUCAGAAGAGUUUUACAGAUCUGACAAAACUGGUGAUCUGUUUAGUUUGGUGGUCGAAUUCUGACUAGAGACUCUGCUGAUCUGAAGAAUCGCCACCAAACGUAUCCUCAUGAAACGGACAAAAUAAAAUAGAUGACUUGUUCCAGUUCACCUCCGUGCAGGCAUUGUCAGUAGCUGUAUUUGCAAGGGCCUCGGUGGUCCCAGGACAAAAAGAGAGCAAUUCACAGAUGAGGAGAUGGAGUUCAUAGGAUGUAGAAAACACUUUCUAGUAAGGUUUCUCAAACUCUUGACAGAAGAACCUCCAAAUAAAACCAAUACAGGUUUUGUUUUAGUGAACCUGUCUUCCCGAUAAGGUUAAAUUCACUCGUUCUUGGUCCAGAGCUGAAAACACUGAAGAGCAUUUCCCCAGAUCCAAUUAAUGCUAAUCUGCACCAUGCAAGAUAACACGUGACCAGAGUUAUGUCUGCUGUAUGUAGAUUCACAGCCUACAGCUGUGCAACAUGCUAUAUAUUAUACAGAUAAAACAUUACAUAUUGACAUGAUGGCAUAUCCAGAUACGCUAUUGAUAUGUUGAACAUAUUUAUAGAUAUGUUAAGUAAACUACAGUUGUAACUGUAGAUGAAGAGCCCGAUCAGGGUUAAAGAGGAAACCAUAGUAGUACACACUGUAU